GACGUGUCGCUGGAUGAAUUGAUCAGGAAGCGAGGCUCGGGGAUGUACAGCAGAAUGAACAGUCGUGCAGGCACAGGAAGUAACAUGAGGUCCCGGUUACAGCUUCCUGUCUCCAAUCGUCCAGUUGCUACCAGCUUCCAGAGGACUUUUGAUGCCCGCCAGAAGAUUGGGGUGACAGAUGCCCGAAUGAAGUUAGGUGUGAAGGAUGCACGGGAGAAGCUGGUGUCCAAAGAUGCUCGAUUCCGCAUCACAGGCAAAGUGCAGGAUGCACGGGAGAUGCUGAAUUCAAGGAAACAGCAGGGGGGAGAAAACUCCAAAGUGAUGGAUGCUCGACAGAAGCUCAGUCUAAAGAGGAGUGCCCCUUCUUUGGCUCCAGCAGUGACAUCUAGUUCUUCAACCAUAAACCUUACAAAGACCAUACAGAUUCCACAGCAAAAGGUCAAUAACUCACACUUAACACAGUCUUUAAAAGGAAUGCGAAUAAAUGUAGUAAAUAACAAGCCAACCAAACAGGCACACAUAUCACUAUCCCACCAGCUUCCUUCACGGCUGGAAGACGAAGAUGAAGAAGAUGAAGAUUUGGAACUUUCCUCUAUCCCAGCUAAGCAGAUGAAAAUGACAGCCACAAACACAUUGCAAAAACGGGCUCUACCGAUAACAAAGGUUGUCCAGAAUGACACUUACACAGCACCUGUUGUCCCACAGACUGCUUCACCUACAGCCCCUUUACUCCGCACAAAGACUUUGACCAACAUGUCUCGUACACUUGUAACCAAGGAGGAUACCGCUCCACUGCAGUUGGCAUCUACAGAGCCGGUCCUCAGCCCACUAGAAGGUACUAAAAUGACAGUAAACAAUUUACAUCCCCGUGUCACAGAAGAAGAUAUUGUGGAGUUGUUCUGUGUCUGUGGAGCUUUAAAGCGAGCCAGACUGCUUAGUCCUGGUGAGGCAGAAGUUGUUUUUGUGAGGAAGGACGAUGCAGUUGGUGCUUAUAAAAAGUACAACAACAGAUACCUGGAUGGGCAACCCAUGAAAUGCAAUCUUCAUGUGAAUGGCAGUGUCAUAACAUCAGACCAACCUAUUCUACUACGACUCAGUGACACACCAUCUGCAAUGAAAAAAGCAGAGAUUCGAAGAUCAAACACAUUGUCUUCAUCGAGUGCACCCAACCCACCUGCUGAAGUUGACCCCGACACCAUUUUAAAAGCCUUGUUUAAAUCUUCGGGCUCUUCAGCAGUUGUUCAGCCAACCGCAUUUAAGAUCAAACUCUGAUGAGGCCAGCAUGAACUAAAGAGGGGGAAUGCUGGAGGGAAUCAAAGAUGGCUCUCGGUGUGACCAAUUUUAAGAUUUACCCAGAGAGACAAGACUUUUGUUUCAGAGAGAUUUUGUUCGAACUGCUCAUCAGUGGAUUAGGGAUUUUCAGACUGCUGCUCUGUUACCCUAUCCUUUGUAGCGGCAGAAUUACAGUUUCACUUUCCUUUUUGUUGAGCUGUUCCUGCAGUCCACAUGCUGGUUUCUCUCCCAGGAUGAAGUUCCUGUACAGUUUCUUGCCAUGCUGUUUAUUCUUAUUAGGGAUGCACCUAAUCUACUAAUUUGGAUUCGGCCGAACCCCCAAAUCCUUCGUGAAAGAUUUGGCCUAAUACCGAAUCCUAAUUUGCAUAUGCAAAUUAGGGAUGGGAAUGGGAAAACAUUUUUUACUUCCUUGUUUUCUGACAAAAAGUCACGCGAUGUCCCUCCCCAUCCCUAAUUUGCAUAUGCCGAUUCGGGUUUGGCUGGGCAGAAGGAUUCGGCCGAAUCCUGCUGAAAAAGACCGAAUCCCGAACCGAAUCCUGUAUUCGGUGCAUCCCUAAUUCUUAUUUUCAAUAUCAUUGUUUAUACAUAACUUUUUGUGUUUUAUUUCGUUACUUUUUGGCUCUGGAAUAAAUAACUGACUGACAUGAAAUGUGCAGCCCCCAAAAAACUAGAAGGGAGCUUCACCUUAACACAUGCAGUUUUAAUUUAUUGCUUAAGAUGGCACUGUUCAUUUUCUCACAUCCAGAUGAGUAGCAAAAAUAUGUCCUUAAAUUGGACAUCCGUAUUCUUUAGAUAUAUUAGGUUAAUAUUUGUUCAAAGUAUGAUCUCUGGAACACUAUCCAGCUGAAAAUUUUGAACCGAUUCACACGUGAUUAUAAUAGCAAUAUUUGGUCAUUAUAAUAUCAGCACAGAUGACUUCCCAAUCAAUAACCUAACAGGCUAUUUUUCUGCUAAACCAUAGAUCUGUUUUAGAUAAAUCUGCCUGGUGGUAUUUUUUUCCACUUCCUUGUUAUCCAGGAUUGGAUUAUAAUAGCAUAGCCAGUGCAGUUGCUUAGAAACGGGUUAAGAUGCAUGCAGCACAAGUGCAGCUGUUCUUGUAAAAAAGCAUUUCCAUUAUGUAAAAUCUGCAAUCAAAUUUGUUUUUGUUUUUUUUUGGGUGCAAAUUUACUCUGACCUCUUACACAUUUAUUUGCAAGGAUAUUGAGAAAUUGGCUCUGUCUGUGACUUUAAUGGUUAACUGUUGUAUUUCAUACUAAGGCAGUACGUGAUUUUCAUGGCAAUAAAAGGCUUUGAUUAA